AUGCAUUCCUUUUUAGUUGAGAACACCAAGUCAGAGCUUAACUAUGUGAAUCCAAAUCUUCGCCAAGAGGAUUUUUUGACAAUUUUUAAUAAAAUCGCAAGUUCUAUUGAAGAUAAUACUAAUUUAUUUAGUGAGAAAGAUUUGUUUUCUAUUCAGGAAGAAUCUACAGAAGAAUCUAUUGAAAACACAGAAGAAGAACCAGAAGUUUUAGAUGGAGAAAAUUCUAUGAAUUUAGAAGUUAAAAAAUUUAUAAAUUUAUUAUCCAAAUUAGAGCUUAGUGAGUUAUCAAGUGCAAUUGAAGAAAUUGUACAUGGAGAUAGAGAUUUUGAUAUAAAUAAUUUGCUUUAA